UGACACACAGACAGAAAAUACAUAAAACAGACUGCAGGGCUUGAGUUGGUUUUCCGAAUGGUGUAAUGAGAACACUUUUGGCUGGCAAGAACGCAUUUAAACAUGGGUCACAUAAUAUCUGAGUUUGUUAGAGAGCUGCCUGCACUUUAUAUAUUUGGUGGGAUCUUUCUACCAGUUACCUUACUUCUUCUAGGGAUCAUGUCAUACUUAAGGAUAAAGCUUGAUGAAGUAAACGAAGAACUGGCUCGGGCUCGUGACCCUAGAGAUGCGCUGCAGGAUUAUUACUUCCAAUACAACAAGCUAAAGGCCUCCAAAAGGCAACGCCUCAGGAAAAUGUAAUAUUAUUUCCAGAAAAAGCUUUCACAUGAAACCAAUACUAGAGCAGCAGAUAAUAUGUUGCUCACAA